UGUUGACGUAAGAACGACUGUGUUUAUGUGGCCCCGUGGUCGGAGGUUUUUCAUACUUUGGGCUGUGGCUACAUAAGCACCACGGUUGUUUGUUUUCCAACAUGGUUUAAUCACAUUGCCAGGUCUUGAAGACAGUGAUGGCGGUGUGUGCACUGACCAUGUUGGAUGGGAUGGGCGGUGAGGUGACAGCCGCCGGAGGCGUCUUGUUCCUGGUCUUGGCCCUGGUCUUGGCUUGGCUCUCCACACAUGUGGCUGACCGAGGGGAUCACAUCCUGGGCACCAUCCUCACCGUUGGGGCUCACGCCUCCCUGAUUGGGCUUGGGGGCCAUGAAAGUUACGGCGGUGGACCUCCCAGUGUAGACACACCGGAGCAGCAAACACCUCAGAACGCCCAGGAGAACAAGCCGGAGGAAGGCCAUGCGGGGUCGGAGAGGGCCGACGGCGAGGGGACAGGGGAGGGGACUGCAGGAGCAGGUGCCGACCUGCUCUUGAACAUACAGAGUAAGAAACCUCAUCGAUACCCUUCUGAGGAGGAGGAGGAGGAUGAGGAGGACGAUUACGAAGAGGAGGAGGAGGAGGAUACAGACGAAGAGGGAGAUAAGGUCCUGAAACGGAGCCCGAUGAUAUCCACUGCCAGCAUCGCUGUCCGUUUGAAGUUCCUAAAUGACACGGAGGAGAUAGCAGUCCUGAAACCACAGGAUACAGUAGGUCUACUGAAGAGCAAAUACUUCUCUGGUCGGGAGCAUCAGAUCAAGUUGAUCUACCAAGGCCAGCUGCUCCAGGAUCCCAAACGGUCCCUGCUGUCCCUCAACAUCACAGAUAAAAGUGUGAUCCACUGCCACGUCUCCCAGGCGCUCAGGGACCCCAGCCCUGAGGAGGCAGCCCUCUCCGGGGCAGGAGCCGGCGUCAGAGCUACAGGUGUGGCACUGAGCACCAGUAGUCUGGUGGUGCCUGUGUUUGUGGUGAUGCUGGCCGUAGUGUGGUACUUCCGUAUCAACUACAGGCAGUUCUUCACUGCCCCAGCUACCAUUUCCCUGGUGGGAGUCACUGUGUUCUUCAGCUUUCUGAUCUUUGGGAUGCAUAGCCGUUGAAAGGAGAAGAAGCAUGAUUGUGGACUGGAUGGAGUUACAGCAGGCGGUGGAUAGCGAAGGACCAAACAAAGACACGGGAGGCCUUGGAACUAAUGCCACACAGCGGGCUGGGAUCCCUCACGUAGGGGUGUGCCAGUGUCUCUGCAUGCACCUGGAAACAGCAUUUUAUUAACUAUUAUACAAUGUGCAAAGUAUCAAUUAAUUCUGUGUUAGUUUAAAUUUGAGGAAUUUGAACAGGGCUGUGAUUAGCUUCUCAGAAAAAUAAUUAUUAAUAUGUGUCAACAGGGUAGUUUAGAAUAAUUCUCAUGCCGGUAGGUUAGAUUUGUUCCAUUAUGUCACAAAUUGUUUCUGGUCAGUUGGUUUCCGCACAAUCUUCUAGAUUGUGAAAGAAUAAUGCUUUAUUGUGGAACAUGGACACAUUAUUUCAUACGCUUUAUCAUAGUGUGUAUUGAAGUGGAGAAAAAAAAAAUCUUAAAUUAAUAUUUGAAUUUCUGGAACAUCUCAUAAACCAUUCACUGUGUGCUGGUUGUCUCUGUUCCAUUUCUAGUUCUGUGGUGAAGAGAAGGUGUUCUCUGUUACUACGGUAAUUGUUGCCUAGACUGCAACGACUGCCUUACUUCCAAGGCUGAUAUUUCUAUGGAUACAUGUGGCUGGAAUCACAAUGCUAAAGUUAUCUUGAUUAGGGAUACUCUAAAUAUUAUAACAUGCUGCAAUGGCUGAUCAUUGAAAUACUCAACAUUUGUUUAUGAACAGAACUAUGUACAUAUAAUGUAUUUACUGUAUAUAAAAUCUCAGAAGAAAUCGAAUGAAGAAUCUGGCACUUGAAGAAUCAUUAGGGGAUUAUCCCAUAUCAGACUGAAACAGUCUUUAGAGGUCUCUCUCCCCCCUCUCUCCCCCACUUCAGUGCUAACUGAAUAAAGCUUUUCAAAAUGAG